AAUAAUUAUUGCAAUUAAGCAAAAUUUUAUCUCAAUUAUCUUUAAAGGAAAUUAAUUAAAUCGAGGAAAGGGAAGUCCAAUGAUUAAAUGGUCGAUUAAGUUCGAUUGUUUGUAACUAUACUUUCCCUUGUUUGCCUGUUUCCUUGGUUAGCGAUUUACCCUCGCUUUUUCCAUUGGUCUUCCAUUCCUUCUCUUCUGCACUCUUUGUUUUUAUUUAGCGGCUCUUCACUCGUUUGGAGCUUUUUUAUUGUAAGAGAUCAACACUGUCUUCCUCUCGUUUAAUCUUCAUCAUCAACUCACAAUAAUCAUUUCUGUAUUAUAUACAUCUUUGCUCUGUUCACUUUGUUUCUUAUUUGUGCAUUUUCUCAUUGUAAAUUUUCCAUAAACUUGCAUUUUCUCAUCCGUUUGCCUUAUUUCCAAUUUGUAACCUUUUUCUUCUCUGGUUAACUGGAAUCAAUUAUGAUUGCAAAUUCUUCGCCACCUCGAUCUACACCUUUAACGCCUUUCAACAGUUCACCUUUUAGUCGUGGUUCCCGGGCAGUUCACCAAGGUCUGAAAAAAGCUAAAGCUGUUAUCAAUACUGGAAAGGACGAGGCUGAUAUCGAUAUGGGCUCGCUGUCUUCAAAAGAUGAUAUUAAUGGAGGUAACGAAGGUAAUGCAGAUAAGCAGACAAAACCAGAGUCGCCAACUUCAAGUAGCUGUGAUGCCAAUUUAACCCCAAGUUCAAGGGGAAUAUUGAAACGCCGAAGAGAAGCUGAGAUGGAUUGUGACGAAGCUGUUAGCUGUAGUAAGAAAAAAGUUAUAUUUGCCAGUCCAAUUUCUGUUUCAAAAAUCAUCGAUAAUGUUCUUGCUGCAAAAGGUCAUAAAACUAUUAGGAGACGAAAGCUCAGAUAUGAAGAUUCAGCUGAUGAGACUAGUGAUAGUAAAGAGGCGCCAACUGGACCUAUUGUUGAGCCUGUUCUUGAAAAAAUACCUGAAACAGAAACACUUGCCUUGAAUGGAGCAAUCCAUGAAAAUUCUGAAAAUAGUGAGCCUGAUAACAAUGUUAAACAAAUGCAACCUGUGACCCGUAGAAUGAGAAGUUCCACUCGAGUAGGCGUUAAAACACCUAGUAAUCCUCAAUCUGAUAGUCAAGUGGAGAAACUUGAAACCAAUGCAAAGGACACUCAAGCUGAGGGCAACAUUCCAAAAUCUAGUGACAUUAAAGUGAAUGUAAAAAGCAACCCUGAAGUCAUAUCGCAAGAUGCAAACGAUACCGAAGAAAGUGAUAUUAUCUUUAAAAAUAUUGAAUCUUUGCUCAUGAAGAUGGAAUCAUCAAGUUCAAGUUCAAGUGACACACCGAGUUCUGUUGGUUACUUCAAGGAGAAAUUUGUAUCGCUUAAUUCAAUUCCCGAUCCAAAACCCGUCCAAAACACUGACAAUGACCUUCCCAAGAAAGGCAACAAAAUAUCAUGUCUACUAACACCUAGUAAUUUUGAAUUUGAUCUUAAUUGUAUACCACGCUUAGACCCUUCCCAAAUAAUUCCUAAGGCAUCAAUUGUGAUAAAAAGAUUAACUGAAGAACUCAUCAACAGGUUACUUGGUAAGGAGAGGAACCAAGAGAAAGCCACCAAUCAAAGAAACAAACAAGAUUAUUUGAAGCUAAUUGUGGUCUCGGGAUCAAAUCGUAAACAAAAGCGGAACUAAAUGGCUGUUUGACUGUUUCAUCAAUAAAAAUCCGCAAAUUAUUUCAUCAAUAACAAUGAUAACCUGACAACAAUAAAGGCAACACCAAAAAAAGAGACAAAGUGCGGUUCAUCUUAAAACUAGGGCAACCUUGAAUGUUAACAAUUUGCUGUUUUUUUGGUCUUAUUUUAGCAAAACAAGAAGUAACAACAACAGAAAGAUUAGAGAAACAAACCUGAUUCCAGAAAUUCAUUUAAUCUAAUUAACAUGAUUGAUCAGUAAACAUCAACUUUCUCUACUUGAACAACACAAAGCAGCAAACAAUUAAAGCCAUUCAACUAUUGCCUGCACACAACUCUUUACUAUGAUGAAUUAAUUCCGGACAAGAUCUGCAAUCAAUACGAGAUUAAAAAUCCAUUCUAGUUAAUUUGGCUUUAAUUUGAUUGUCUUGGCGGAUUUGAUUGGACAAUUGAGAUGUCUCCUGAAGAGCUUGUUGAUCAAAAAGCAUUUAUGCAAAUAGAAGUUGAUUCCCAUCAAAUAUUAAUUAAAUUGAUUAAAGAUUACGAUAUCCAGCAACAUUGGAUAAUAAUUUAACUGUACAAAUAAUGUUAAUAAAAAAGUAGGACGAAGCCACGUCAAAAACGAA